CCCAUGCAACGCAUUCAUACGCUGUCGGCUGCAGUGACCUGGUUUUCGCCAUGUCGGAGCCUGGUCUCCCUGAAGGGCAUGGGGCAGUGGCACCACGUGGGGUGGCCGUUUUCGUGGAGGGUGAGACAACAACCUACGGAGCGCCUGAACGUGUCGCCGAUGAGGCUGAAGAAGUGGAUGAUCCUGAAGAGGGUGAGACCGUGGCUGAGAGAGAAGAACGAGAGGAGCGCUAUCGGCAGCGGCUGAUUGAGUUGAUGCGGAAGAUGGAUUUAACCUCGCAGCAAAUCCAAAGAGUGACGCCGUGCCACAAUCUCCUGAGUUGCUUCGGGCGCAUUCUCCGCACGGCGCAAGUGCGCGAUUGGUAUCACCUCAGUAAACCUUCAGCCAAGAUCCAUCAGUUUAUUUCACAUUCGUGGCAUGGAUCACCGUGGAAGAAGAUCGCCAUGCUGCUGGUCUUGAAGAACGGCUUGGGAGCUGCCAUAGUCGGAAGUCUCCUAGCGUUGAUCAUGGUCCUCUUGAGCAGUCUCAACUUGCUGCCUGGCUAUCCUCGGCAGCCCUUGAUCGAGCCAGACAGGACCUACAUUUUUGCGCCAUGGGGCCUUGGUGUGGGGAUGCUGUCUGGUUCAAUUGUGCUCUUCUUCAGCGAAGCGCGUCAAUCUGUCUUUUUUGACAAGAUUUGCAUCCACCAGAAAGACGUGCGCUUAAAGUUUGAAGGUGUCAUCAACAUUUGCGCCUUCUUGAAGAACUCAGAAUCGUUGUUGGUCUUGUGGGAUGCCACAUAUGUGGAGAGGCUUUGGUGCGUCUUCGAGUUAGCUGCUUUCAUGAAAAGCAGCGAAGAUGGGGGGCGGAAGUUGAUCAUCAAGCCCACCAUCCUGGGUCCAAGUUCCAUUGCAUCCUGCAUCGGCUUAUUUGCCAUGCAGCUCUCACAGACUGCGGUUCCUUUCGAAAAUCGCCUUCACGGAUUUCUCCUGUGGUCGUUGGUUUGUUGCCUGGGCUUAUUCUCAGCUGUCUACGUUUGGAGGAGCUAUUACCGACAGAUUGACAAGAUGAAAUCUCAACUGCAACACUUUCGUAUCGACCAGACGAAAGCGCAUUGCUGCGAGCAGGGCCAUGUGGACCAGCAUGGCCGAAGGAUCCCUUGUGACAAGGAGACCAUCAGUGAAUGUAUCACGCACUGGUUUGGCUCAGUGGAAGCCUUUGAGAGAUCUGUACGAUCCAAUGUGGCUGUUGCAUUGACGCAAAGCUUGGGGAACCUGGUCUUUCCCUACAAGUACUUGCUGGCGGCCGGAGCACCUUCUCUAUGGGGUCAAGCAGACUUUAUCGCUUCGCGCUUGAGAGAGGAAGAGUAUUAUUAUGCUGCUGUGACGGCUUGCUUUGGCCUCUCCUAUUGGUUCGCUGCAAUUCCCUUCAUCUUUGCCUGCGGUGGUCUUCUGAACUACAAGCUACGGCACCGGUAUCAUCCUAUCCUGGACGCACUGAUGCCCUUCCUGGCCACUGCUUUCCUAGUCUUGGUGCCUGGAGGCAGCCUUUACGCAUUGCAGAUUGGACUGCUCGCAGUGCUUGACGAUCUGCUGGCUGCGGUUCUUUGGGCGACGAUCACAUCAUUUUUGGCCUUUUUUGCAUGGCGUGCGUGCUGGCGCGAACCCAUGCUUCGCUUGGACUAGACUAGACGGAAUGUCAAACCACUUAAAUAAAGCAUGUUAGCUAAUAAUCCCAAAAAGAAAAUUUGUAGAGGUUUCAUGGGACUUCCAG